AUGCGUAGCAACAGUAUACUGAAAACGAUCGUGAGAGAAACAUCUGAAGUACAAGUGCCGAAAGCAAAUUAUUUAUAAGAGAUUCGCGAAGAAUCAGUUGUUUGACGUAAAAGUAUCAAGUAAUUCAGUGAAAAAAUGGCUCUGAUUCCACUGUUGUUCUCUGACUGGUGGGAAGAUCUGGACCGGCCUCAUCGUCUUUUUGACCAGAAUUUUGGUUUGGGAUUACACCCUGAGCAAUUGCUGAACGCGAACAUUCUCGACCAAUAUAUGGUGCCCAGACAAGCGGAUAGAAGAUUGAUGAUGAGAGAUCCGUUGUUGAGAUACUACAGACCGUGGGGCGAACUCCUGCGAAAAGGCGAGGGCGGAGGCACGUCCACCGUCAAGGCAGAUAAAGAUAAAUUCCAGGUGGUCCUGGAUGUUCAGCAAUUCAAACCGGAUGAAAUUAACGUCAAGGUCGUCGACAAAUGUGUCAUUGUCGAGGGCAAACACGAAGAAAAGCAAGACGAACAUGGAUGGAUUUCGAGGCAAUUUGUCAGGAAAUAUUUGAUUCCUGAACAAUGCGACAUGGACCAAGUAGCAUCUAGUUUAUCGUCCGACGGUGUACUUAGUAUCACCGCACCUAGAAAAGAAAAACCACAAGUUGAAGGCGAGAGAGUUAUCUCUAUUGAAAAGACCGGCAAGCCAGCGUUGAAGGAAUCUCAGGAGGAGAAGAAAGAAGAGAAGAAGGAGGAAGAAAAGUAGACUUCAAAUAUGCAAAAUUUAUAAUCUACUAUAUUUCGUGUUCCUAUUUCCAUACUCAUGUACUUUCCAAAUCCUUUUAUCAGUAUGUCAUAUUUCGAUUUUUGUAAAUUGUAGUUUAAGAAUUUUGUUUUAAAUAAAACUCAUAAAUUUAAA